CAAACUUACAAUCACUCUGAUCUUUCUUUCUCUCUUUGUUUUCCUCCCCAAGACUAGCCCCAGUCUUCUCUUGUGAGUGUAUUAGCCUUCGAACAACCUAUAUCUUGAUUCAGGUGAAGAAGGCUGUUCGUGCUUAACCUUUCACAUCCAUACAUAUCAUAACCACCCUUUGCUUACUCUGUCCUACCCCUGUUUUUCAUCAUCCACCCUUAGUUACCGGCCCCAUAUAGUCAAGCACCGGCAUGGUGCUUGUAAUUUUUGUAUUUUCUCUGCCAUUAGCUUAGGCUCUUCGACAAGUAAAAACUCCCGUUGGAACUUAGUCAAGGUACAUGACAAUGAUUGCUCUACCUCCCCCAAAUGGCUCCCACAAACCCAUUACCCAUCAAAUGGAAAUUGGGGUCCGGUAAAAUUUAUAGACAGAGGAAAGCUGGAACUUUAAUCCGUGCCAAGUGCCAGUGCCGUAAUCUAAGACUAGACUAGACUCCCAUAUAAAGGAGACUUUGUGUUUGUUUUUCUUCAUCGUCUAAAUCUCUUUCCUUGGUUCCAGAGAGAAGAAACGAUGGGUGAUUUUAACGAACGGGCAUUAAAACGAUCACGGCAGGAACUUUUGGAACUAAGGGGUCAAGUGACAGCGCUCCUGAAUGACUGGUAUCCAUUUCUAGAUGGAGAAGGCAUUAUUAGUGAAUACGUGCGUCUUCUGAAUACAACUAAUCCCAAUAUACAUAAAACCAGGAGCGACAUACAUGUUGAUUUGGGCAUACUAAAGGAUCUUCUGCCUAAAUUGGAACACGAACAUGCUGAGGCCAAGAAGGAAUUCUUCAAUGCACAGUUGUCAAAUAUCUACACUUAUAGAAAAAGAUCCAUGGUGCUCCAUGAGCUACACGGUCUCUUACUGAAAAAGAUAUCAGAUGACCUUCGGAGAUGGAUUAAACAGCUGCUAGUAGCUGACGACGAAUGGACUGAUAUUCUUGCAUUUUCCGUUGAAAGAGAAGAAGAGUUGAUGAGACAGGCAAGUUCCAAGGGGGUUCUGUUGACGAAACAAACAAUAGACCCUGAACAAUUCAAGGAGUAUAUAAUUGGAUUUUCUGCUGACAUAAGAAAGGAGGAGGAGAUUUUACGUGCUUGCUCUGAUAUCCCACAGAUGUGUCAAUCCGUUGAGAACCUUUUGCCCUUUUUGGAGGAGAAAUGUUUCUCAAUGUACAACGAAAAGCCAUCCAGCAUCACAGUUUCAAGUGUUCAUUGUCAGAAGUGGUUUCUUCCCCGGGUCGACAUUCUAGCAGUUCGCCUUACUUGGCGAGGCCGAGGAUAAAGAGCGUCUUCAAAAUCAUAAGAUUCAAGAUAAUCAUUCCAUAGUUUACAAACUGACGUGCA